UCAUUAGUUUCCUGAGUUUUUUAAACUUAGCAUUUAAAAUAGAAUAAAUUAAAGAAUUUCAUGGUCUUUUUAACAGUUGUUGAAAUGGUGUUUAAAGUGUUGGGAGACCUAUGUUCAAGUCUACACUCAAUCAGAAAAGCUCACUGAUUCACUUCGAGACAGCCUCCACUUCUCAGAUUACAGGGUUAUUAUGGUAAAAUACAGAGUGAAGGCAGGAUAGAAAUCUAACAAAAAAUAAAAAUAAGUCAGUUUCAGCCAUAUAUAUCUUCUUUAAAAAUGAGAGUAGAAUGGACAUGGAUAAUUUUUGCUAAGCAUGAUUAGUUAAUGAAAAGUAUAAUUUCAUUAAAAUACUUUGUCUUUGUUUGUAGAUGGUGUUCUAGCACUGAAUGUAGAAUAAUACUUAUCUCUGGCAAAUUUCAGACUUCUGUAAGUGUGAAUCUUUUGGUCUUUUUCAAAAGACACACUGUUUUGGCGCCACAUGAGGGAUCAUGAGCAAAAUGACAAGCCUCAUCAGUGUGACCAAUGUCCAAUGUCAUUUAAUGUUGAGUUCAAUCUUACAUUGCACAAAUGUACUCACAAUGGGCAAGAUCCUAUGUGCCCUGUUUGCAACAAAAAAUUCUCAAGAGUGGCUAGUCUUAAAGCUCAUAUUAUGCUUCAUGAAAAAGAAGAGAAUCUCAUCUGUUCAGAAUGUGGAGAUGAGUUCACUUUGCAGAGCCAGUUGGCCCUUCAUAUGGAAGAACAUCGCCAAGAGCUGUCUGGAAGCAAAACCCAUAUCUGUAAAACCUGUAAGAAAGAGGUUGAAACUGCUUCCCAACUAAAGGAACAUAUGAAAACUCACUAUAAAAUAAGGGUAUCAAAUACCAGGUCAUAUAAUAGAAAUAUUGACCGGAGUGGGUUUACAUAUUCAUGUCCACAUUGUGGAAAGACUUUCCAGAAACCAAGUCAGUUAACACGACAUGUUCGAAUACACACAGGUGAAAGGCCAUUUAAGUGUAGUGAAUGUGGAAAGGCUUUUAAUCAGAAAGGUGCAUUGCAAACCCAUAUGAUCAAACACACUGGUGAAAAACCGCAUCCUUGUGCCUUUUGCCCUGCAGCCUUUUCUCAGAAAGGCAACCUUCAAUCACACAUUCAAAGAGUACACUCAGAGGUAAAGAAUGGCCCUAUGUAUAACUGUACAGAUUGUAGUUGUAUUUUCAAAAGCUUAGGCAGCUUAAAUACUCAUAUCAGCAAGAUGCAUAUGAGCGCCACACAAAACACAACAAAUUCUGCUACAGAAGCAGCUCAUAUUACAACGGAUUCGGUGGCUCAGCCAUUGACGUUAACAACAGUUAAUUUACUGCAGCCUAUGGACAAUAAAUGGAAAAAUACAGAAAAUCCAAUAACUCCAGCUGUAGGACAUCAAGGUCAGCAAUCAGUAACUGAUGUCAUUCAACAACUCCUUGAGUUGUCAGAGCCAGUGGAAAACAAUCCAUCCCAGCCAUCUAGUCAGCAACUCAGUAUGGCUGUGGGAAUCAACAGAGAUAUUUUGCAGCAAGCCUUGGAAAAUAGUGGGCUAUCCUCAAUACCAGUUUCAGCAAACACUGACUGCAGUGAAACGAAGACUCCUCCAAGUCCAGAAGAAGCUGCAGAUGCUCAGAAUCUCUCCGGUCCUCAAGUCAACUCCAACAAUACGGAACAAGUUAAAGAGCGAGACAACCCAGAGAAAGUAGACAAAAAAGAAAAAAGGGUUCUGAAGAAAAAAUCCCCAUUUUUACCUGGUUCCAUACGUGAGGAGAACGGAAUACGAUGGCAUAUUUGCCCGUACUGCUCUAAGGAAUUUAAAAAACCCAGUGAUCUUGUACGGCAUAUACGCAUUCACACUCAUGAAAAGCCAUUCAAAUGUCCACAGUGUUUCCGGGCCUUUGCUGUGAAGAGUACUCUCACAGCACAUAUAAAAACGCACACGGGCAUUAAGGCUUUUAAGUGUCAGUACUGUAUGAAGUGCUUUUCUACCUCAGGAAGUUUGAAAGUACAUAUUCGCUUGCAUACAGGUAUUAGACCCUUUGCUUGUCCACACUGUGACAAAAAGUUUCGAACUUCAGGUCACAGAUCACACACUGGUGAAAAACCAUUCAAAUGUUCUCAGUGUGGAAGAGGCUUUGUAUCAGCCGGAGUGCUAAAAGCGCAUAUUCGAACCCACACUGGAUUAAAAGCAUUCAAGUGUCUUAUAUGCAAUGGAGCUUUCACCACUGGAGGCAGUCUGCGGAGGCACAUGGGCAUCCACAAUGACCUUCGGCCCUAUAUGUGUCCCUAUUGUCAGAAAACAUUCAAAACCUCAUUAAAUUGCAAAAAACAUAUGAAAACGCACAGGUAUGAGCUUGCCCAGCAGCUUCAGCAACAUCAGCAAGCUGCUUCCAUUGAUGACACAGCUGUAGAUCAGCAGAAUAUACAUGUUUCUACUCAAAUGCAAGUGGAAAUUGAAAGUGAAGAGUUGCAGCAAACUGAAGCUGUUGCAACAGAUCAGGAAGCUAUUUUAGAUUUAGAACAGCAGCAGGUUGUUGACACUGAAGAAGCUGAACUCAGACCACAAUUGACUGAUCAAUCAUUAGGUCAAGAGGAAGAUAGAUUUGUGACAUCCCAGCAUGCACUGCAAGAAAAUAUAAACCAGUUUGAGCAGGAAACUAUAGUACAGCAAUCAUUUGAUCAGCAAGGAUUAUCACAAGGUUUUACAGUUAAUGAUGGCUACAGUCAACCAAGUCAGUUUCCAGCAGUACAGCAGCUUCAGGAUUCAAGCACUCUUGAAUCUCAGGCUCUUUCAACAAGCUACCAUCAACCAAGUCUACUUCAGGUUCCUGCCCCCGACACUAUCAAUGUAGCUACCCGGUUAGUUCAAGAUCAGUCAUCAGACCUUGAGAUGCAUGCGCAGCGUUCCCAGUUUCUGGAAGAUAACGAUGAUCAAAGCAAAAGAUCUUACAGGUGUGAGUAUUGCAAUAAGGGGUUCAAGAAAUCUAGCCACUUGAAGCAGCACGUCCGUUCACACACUGGGGAGAAGCCUUAUAAGUGCCAACUGUGCGGCCGGGGAUUUGUCUCUUCCGGAGUUCUUAAAUCUCAUGAGAAAACACAUACAGGAGUUAAAGCAUUCAGUUGCAGUAUUUGUAAUACUUCCUUCACCACUAAUGGAAGCCUUACGAGACAUAUGACAACUCAUAUGAGUAUGAAGCCCUACAAGUGCCCAUUUUGUGAUGAAAGCUUCAGAACCACAGUUCACUGCAAAAAACAUAUGAAAAAGCAUCAAACAGUAUCUUCAACAGCAGCAACAGGUGGAGAGGUAGCAGGAGGGGACGAAGAAGAGGCAACAUCUGAAAAGACAAGCUCUCGAAAAUCUAGGCCGGGUGUUAUCACAUUCACUGAGGAGGAAACAGCUGAACUUGCAAAAAUUAGACCUCAGGAAAGUGCCACUGUCUCUGAAAAAGUUCUCGUCCAGUCUGCAGCCGAAAAGGACAGGAUUAGUGAAAUCAAAGACAAGCAAGCGGAAAUGGAGGCUGAGCCAAAAUAUGCCAAUUGUUGUACUUACUGCCCAAAAAGCUUUAAAAAACCAAGUGACUUAGUUAGGCACGUACGUAUCCAUACGGGAGAAAAACCUUACAAAUGUGAUGAAUGUGGAAAAAGUUUUACUGUAAAGUCGACUUUGGACUGUCAUGUAAAAACACACACAGGUCAGAAACUUUUCAGCUGCCACGUAUGUAGUAAUUCAUUUUCUACAAAAGGAAGUUUGAAAGUUCAUAUGCGUCUACAUACUGGAGCAAAGCCUUUUAAGUGUCCACAUUGUGAGUUAAGGUUUCGGACUUCAGGUCGCAGGAAGACUCAUAUACAGUGCCAUUUUAAAUCAGAGGCCAAAAAAGCCAGGAAAGCUGGCUCUCGUGCUCCAGCCAAAGGCCUACAGCCAGUCAGUCUUCUGAAUUCAUCCACAAAUGAUCCUAAUGUUUUCAUCAUGAAUAACUCUGUGCUGACAGGCCAGUUUGACCAAAAUUUGCUCCAGCAAAGUAUCGUUGGCCAGGCUAUCCUUCCUGCUUCUAUGUCAGCUGGAGGUGAUUUAACUCUAUCCUUGACAGAUGGUAGUUUGGCCACCCUUGAAGGAAUACAGUUGCAACUUGCUGCCAACUUGGUUGGACAGAAUGUUCAAAUUUCUGGAAUAGAUCCUAGUAGCAUUAACAACAUUACUUUACAGAUUGACCCCAGUCUUUUGCAACAGACUCUUCAGCAGGGUAAUAUAUUGACCCAGCAGCUAACGGGAGAUCCCAGUUUGGCAUCUCAGAACUCCUCCCUACAGACAGCAGAAAGUACAGUGUCAGCAGCAAAUGUGGUAAUACAGCCUUUGUCAAGCUUGUCCUUACAGCCCAAUGUUACUUCUUCAGCAAAUAUGGCACUGGCUGAGCAAGAAUCUGUAUUGGCUACAACUACUUCAGGUUCACAGGAUCUCUCUCAAGUUAUGACUUCACAGGGAAUGGUAUCAACUGCCAAUGGUCAACAUGAGAUUACGCUGACAAUAAAUAGUUCUGCUCUGAGUCAUGUUUUAACUCAUGCUUCUAGUUCAACCACUACCAAUUCAUCAGGAACCCCUCAAGAGAUCACCCUUACUAUAUCUGGCCAAGAUCUUAUCCAACACAUUUCCUCUGGCAACAAUGAGCUGAAUGGGAACCUACGAUUGGCAACACCUAAUAUCACUAAUCAAUCACCUUCUACCACGCUAACUAUAAAUAAUGAUCAAUUACUGUCUCAGAACCCAACGUUGAAUAGUUCUUCAGAACUCAAUGCUUCAAGCGGAAACCUUCCAACGACACCACCCUUGUCUCAGGCAGCUCAGAACCUAGUAAUGUCAUCCCCGGGUGUAGGAGGAGAUGGAAGUGUUACGUUGACCCUGGCUGAUACUCAGAGUAUGUUAUCUGCUGGUCUUGAUGCAGUGACACUUAAUAUCACUUCACAGGGUCAACAGUUUCCUGCUUUACUCACAGAUUCUACUCUCUCUGGCCAGACCAAUUCAAGUUCCCAGCAGGUCAUCCUAGUCAGCCAUGCUCCACAUUCAGUACCUGCAAACCAUGAUGAAUUAACUUACCAGGUGAGUGAGGUUUCUCCACCUCUGUCAAAAGGUAUUCAAGUUGAAAAAGAGUCCCGCAUGCAUCAUUGUUUUGAGUGUAGUCAAACGUUUUCUUCAAUCACUGUACUAAUGCAGCAUAGCAAGGAAGUUCAUGGAAAGGAAAGAAUCCACGUCUGUCAUAUUUGCAGUAAAGCUUUCAAACGAGCCACGCAUCUGAAGGAGCAUAUGCAAACACAUCAGGCUGGACCAUCACCGAGUUCCCAAAAGCCAAGAGUAUUUAAAUGUGAUACUUGUGAAAAAGCCUUUGCUAAACCAAGCCAAUUGGAAAGACAUAGUCGCAUCCAUACAGGUGAGCGGCCCUUUCAAUGUACCUUGUGUGAGAAAGCUUUUAACCAGAAGAGUGCACUGCAAGUUCAUAUGAAAAAACAUACAGGGGAAAGGCCGUACAAAUGCGAUUAUUGUACAAUGGGCUUCACCCAGAAAAGCAACAUGAAGCUUCAUAUGAAACGGGCUCACGGUGCAAUGCAAGAAUCGACCAGUCAUCAAGGACAGGAAGGCGAAGACAUUAAUCGUGCCCUGAAUUUGGAAGAAGUUGUUCAAGAAUCUUCAAAUGAAUGGCAGAGCAUAACCAAUAUUUUUUGAUGACUAUAAGAUGAAAGCUGCGAACGCUUUCAGGACUAGAUUUUUCCCCCUUUUUCUAAAAAUAGUCAUCUGUGGAUUUUUACUAUUAAAGCGCAUUGCAAAUAAUAAGGAUGAUAUAGCUUUUUAAAUAUUAUGAAACACCGAAUAAAUUACCUGUCUUUUGUAAACAUAUAGAAUAUUUAAGAAACAUCAGACAAACUUUGCUGUAUUGUCUACAAUCAGUGAUCUCAGGUAGAUGGAACUUGUUUAUCUUUUCAUUCCACCAUAAGUGUAUUCUCUAAAAUGGAAAUACACCCAGACCUUGAAAUCAGUGAAAUAGGCCUUCUUGGAUGUUCUGUCAAUCAUGAGGAAUGUCUUGAGUAUUUGAAACAAAAUCAUAUGGGUGCCGUAGAUGAUGCAUGCUCCAGUGCAGAUGGUACAUGAUCUAAGGCUGUUUUAGACCUUUAAUUGGUGUUGGCAGAUAUGCCAGGAUGAUAGCUUGUAUUCAUUUCAUUUGAUGAGUGCUAUUAUUUCUUCCCUUUAAACUCAGCAAUAAUUCAAAGGAACAACAACUGCGAUUCCAUGAAGUAAAUGAUGAACGCAUAUAUUUUCAUGUGGAUCUUUCAGCAGAGAAACUUUUGCUGAGUAACUAUAAAAAAUAAGCCAUAUAUUCAAGAUGGUAGGACUUAUAAGAACAGUAUAUUCCUUAAGAAGAUCAAAUUAGCUGCAGAUUAAGUUACAGCACAGUCAUUCUGAAAGAUAACUUCGGAUUAGAAGUCCUUGUUAAUAUUGUCAUCAAUUUGUCUUGAAGGUUAUAAAAUUUUUAAAGACUACCUAGGCUUUUUCAGUAUUACUCUGAAAGGUUCCAUUCAUUCGAAAGAGGUAUAAUCAUAUCAAAAAGACCCACAUUGGAAAUAAAGCAUAAGUUCUGUUUUAGACAUUCCAAAGACAGAAGAAUCUUGCUUAAUUUUACGUUGAGAUUUUAAAAUUUCUUUAUAUGUUAUAUAUAUGUAUGUGUGUAUAUAUACAGAUAUUUAAGCCUCUGUGUGGCUGAUGAGUAUAUUUUGUAAAUAAUUCCUGUUUCAAGAAGUGUUCAUAAAGUUUUCUACUUUAGAUGAACAUUUCAAAAUCAGUAUUGAUUCAUUUUAAUGCAAUGUAGACAUGUUAUAUCUUUAUGAAAAUAUUAUUGCUUUUAAUUUGUUUCUCAGUUCCAGAAAAAAAAACUAUCUGUACAUAUAAUUUAUAUUUUGUGUAUUAUAAGACUAGUACUUUCUAUUUCCAAAAAAAAGGAAAAAUCACUGUUUUUGAUAGGACAUCUCAUAAUUCUUUUGUUAACUCUGGACAUAUGUAUAUAAGUAAUAUAGCUGGUGACUUGAAAAUAACACUUUUGUUAUGUGGAAAUAUUUAAGUCAAACAUGUUGAAUAAUAUUAAUUUUUUUCCAAA